GGAAGAGAAGGCAGCACGAUUCGUACUGGGGAACUGAGAGGACAGCUUGUUAAAUCAUCUCUAUAGCACCGACAUAAUCUGGAGAUGGUAAUAUGAAAUCCCUAUAAAUAGAGUUACUGGACCCACCAUGGUUUCAGGGACACGCAUUACGUAUACACAUUGAUGGGCAGCACAUGAAAAGGUAGAAUUGUGUAUGACAUUAGGCAAUGAAGAAUCCUCAGUAUAUACAUUAUACAUACUGCAGGGCACAACAAUUAAUACAGUUUCAGAAAUAUAAUAAAAUGAUAUCGUUCCCUGAAAACAUGGUGGAUCUGAUCACCUUCAUGUAAAAAAUUAGGCAGCGGUUUCUAUGGUUCUUACUCAAUCAGCUUCAAUCUAGAGUUAAUGGCAGCAUUACUGAAUAUCCAGAGCACAAUGUGAUCUCAUCAACUCUAAUAUCGAAUAAUAUUACAUGCAUCGUAAUAGCUUAUAUUAAAUAUUGUGUGAUAUAAGUUAUUAUUAUAGGCACCCUAAUAUCUUGUAUUACAUACUGUGAUAGCUGUUAUUAUUACAUGCACCAUAAUAUCUUAUAUUACAUACUGUGUGAUAUUAACUAUUACUACAGGCACCGUAAUAUCUUAUAUUACAUACUGUGUGUUAUUAACUAUUGUUACAUGCACCGUAAUAUCUUAUAUUAAAUACUGUGUAAUAUUAACUAUUAUUACAUGUACUGUAAUAUAUAUUACAUACUGUGUGAUAUAAGUUUUUACAGUGCAUGUAAUAAUAGCUACUAUUACAUACUGUGUGAUAUUAGCUAGCACUACAUGCACCGUAAUAGCUUAUAUUACAUACUGUGUGCUAUUAAUUAUUAUUACAUGCACCGUAAUAUCUUAUAUUACAUACUCUGUGAUAUAAGAUAUUACGGUGCAUGUAAUAAUAGCUUACAUUGCAUACUAUGUGAUAUUAGCUAUUAUUACAUGCAACAUAAUAGCUUAUAUUACAUACUGUGUGAUAUUAGCUAUUAUUACAGGCAGCGUAAUAUCUUACAUUACAUACUGUGAUAUUAGCUGUUAUUAUUACAUGUACCGUAAAAGCUUAUAUUACAUACUGUGUGGUAUUAGCUAUUAUUACAUACACCGUAAUAGCUUAUAUUGCAUACUGUGUGCUAUUGACUAUUAUUACAUACAACAUAUUAUCUUAUAUUACAUACUGUGUGAUAUUAACUAUUAUUACAUGCACCAUAAUAGCUUAUAUUACAUACUGUGUGAUAUUAGCUAUUACUACAGGCACUGUAAUAUCUUAUAUUACAUACUGGGUUUGACGGAACGCUGGCACUCCGACUGAGUACCUCCACCAAUCGAUGCUCCUAGCGCUUGCCGAGGACUCCAAGCACUCCAACCGACACCAUCAGCACUGCAGACCCCACUUCCAGCGAUGCAACUGCGCUGGGGUCUCUGCUGUCUCCACCCACCCUGGACCUAAGGCCAGGAUCCAGCUUCCAGUGGGUGAACCUCUUUCCCCAGAGAGCAGGAACAAGCUCUUAGCAGAACUUAGUGAUCAUACCCUGGGAAGUAUAGUGAAUAUAGCAAUCCCCAGAGUCAGGGCCGGAUUAACAUAGGGGCUGAUGGAGCUGCAGCUCCAGGCCCAGGCCCAGGCCCAUGGAAUAGGCCCAUUUAAAAAAAAAAAAAAAUUAAAAUUUUUUUUUUUGCACACUACUCUUAGGUUUGCCACCUGACUGGUAUUUUACUGGCACAGCCGGUAUUUAAGGCCUGGCCAUGCUGGUAUUGCAGUAAUACCGGCAAUACAACACAGGUAUUUUUCUCAGUAUAAAUGGAGAUUACUCUGCAAUACCAGCACCGGCCAGUAGGGGUCACUGUGUGUGAAGAGAGGCAGGGAUAGAAAGUUACAGCAUAUCCCUCUCUGCCUCUCUCUGCUACUCACUGAUCCGUGGGGAGCAACAACACAGCACAGAGAGUCAGCUCUACAGCUCAGAUAAGUGAGGGAUAGGGGGGAAAGGCAGCAGGGACACAUGGGGACACUGAGACACUAGGGAACACUGAGACACUAGGGGACAUAUGGGGACACAGACACAAGGUGACACAUACACUAGGAGACACAUGGGGACAAAGACACUAGGGGACACAGACUCUGGGAGACCUGGAAACACUGGGACACAGGAAAACAUGGGGACACUGACACUUGGGGACACUGGAAAACAUGGGGACACUGAGACACUAGGGUACACUGGGACACAUGGGGAUGCUGUGAGACAUAGGGACAUUGGGAGACACUGAGACAUUGGGACACGGAGACAUUUCUCCCAGUGUCCCCAUGUCCCCCAUCCAGUGUUGCUAGAGUCUCAGUGUCCCCAAGUCUCCCAGUGUCUGUGUCCCAUGUCUCUCAGUGUGCCCAGUGUCCCUAUAUGUCCCAGUGUCCCCAUGUCUAUGUCCACAACUGUCCCAUGUCUCCCAGUGUCCCCAAGUGUCUGUCUCCCAACCAGUGUCUCCUAGUCUCCCAGUGUCUGUGUCCCCAUGUCUCUGUGUCCCUAGUGUCUUAGUGUCCCCAAAUGUUUCAGUUUCCCCAUGUCUCCCAAUGUCUGUGUCUCUAGUGUCUCAGUGUCCCCAUUUCUCACAGUUUCCCUAAAUGUCUGUGUCCCCAUGUCCUAGUGGGCGACAUGGGGACACUGACACUGUGAUACAUAGAACACUGAGACAUUGGGUGACUUGCGAGACUGAGACACUGGUAGCAAUCCAUCUAUACAGCAGAAUCAACCUGUGAGUAGUUUGUUGGUGAUUUUACAGAAUUUUCUCUGAUGUCACUCCUUGUGAUUAUACAAAUGAUUAAGGCUGGUAUUUUUUUCCAAGAAAGGUGGCAACCCUAACUACUCUUCACAUACUCUUGCUUAAAAGAGCACUAUAGGGUCAGAAUCACAAUCAUGUAUUUCUGACCCUAUUAUGUUAAAACCACCACCCCGGCCCCUUCUUGCCUCCCUAAGUAUAGUAAAAUAUAACUUGUAUUCAAGUCUGCAGCUGCUGGCUCUGCCUCUGAACUGACUGUCUGCUGACAUCAUCAGAAGUGGUGGUCUGAGCAAAUUACAAUACUUCCCCAUAGGAUUGGCUGAGACUGUCAACUAGGCAGAUCAGGGGCAAAGCCAGCACAAGUCCAACAUAGCCCUGGCCAAUCAGCAUCUCCUCAUAAAGAUAAAUUGAAUCAAUGCAUCUCUAUGAGGAAAGUUCAGUGUCUGCAUGCAGAGGGUGGAGACACUGAAUGGCAGUGCUGCACACUAGGCAGUACUGCCCCAGGAAGCACCUCUAGCAGCCAUCUAAGGAGUGGUCAGUGGAGUUAUUUUCUCUGAAAAGACAGUGUUUACUGUAAAAGGCCUGAACGGAAUGAUUCUUCUCACCAGAACAAAUACAACAAGCUGUAGUUGUUCUGGUGACUAUAGUGUCCCUUUAAGUUUGUAAGCUUAAGAGGAAUGUAUGGGAACAAAACUUGUGUGGACUGGAUGACAAUAAAAUUAGUUUAGGUAAUGCAGACAUUGGCCUCUCUAACACUGUGGCAUGUCCCCUUUCUUCUACACUCACUACAUACAUCUUUUCUCUGUCCCAGAUUAUAUACCAGGAGCUUCUGCCUGCUAGUAAGAAGGUAAGGAGAUAAGUGGACCAGCGAGUGCCAGGGGACAGUCCUUAGAAAGCAUGGAGUGAGCGCAUCAUUAGAUGCAUGUAUGUCAAGCUCAGGGUGCUGCCUGCAUAGUAUGCCCUUAGUUGGACAGCCUGCAGGAUAGGCGGGCAGCCUGACAUGCAUUCAUGCCAGGCUGUCCUUCAAAUUCUUUGGACAGACAUGCCCCCUUUUUGGGCAUGUUCACCCCUUUUGGCAGGUCUGGUCACGUGAUUUGCACCAGUGGCCCACCCUUUUACCCCGCCUAUUGACUUCCUGCUUCACUGGACAGUGCUGUUAGGGGGUAUGGAUUUACUUGAAAGAUGAAAGCAUAAAUUAGAGAGAGAUAAGCAUAGAGUAUGUUUUUUCUUAUAGCUACAUCCUAUGAGUUUCCCUCCAGCACCAUCUCCAUCAGAUACAUGACGCUUGGGAUGUAUGACUGUUUUAGUGUUUUUGGUCGAUAAAAUUCCGUAAUUAGGCCCAUCAUAAUUGUCAGCACCAGGCCCAGUGUGCUCUUAAUCCGGCCCUGCCCAGAGUGUAUUUCUCCAAUCCCCCAAACAUGAGCCAAGGCUUAAUGCUGGAACAAGACUGAUUUACUGGUACACAGAACUCACAAUUUAUGCAACACAAAACUCCUCCUCUGGGCCAGGCUAGAUAAUUGAGUUUCUACAAUACACAAAGCUCAAUUAUCUGCUGGCCAGAAAUAAUACAGUUUCAUAAAACACACAGGGACCCCAAAACAUGCAAUAACCCCAUAAAAAGUAUAUCCUUGGAACCGGGGGAUCUGGGUGAACCACAUAUCCAAAAUUCACCCAGAUCCGUUCAGUACUUUGGAAAAUACAGUUUAAUGCAGAUUCUGCAGAACAUAUACAGGCUAAAUGAAAAACAAUUACUGUAUAAUGUGUCCCCUGCUGUAUAGUCCAAAACCAACGCACGAUGUCUCUGUGCAACAAAUACUGGCGAGAUGGCACCGUGUUGAAAAGUCCAAACAGUGUCUGUGAGUUAAAAUGGCGCCAUCCAUUGUUCUCACCAUGUGCUUCUGAUACAGGAAAUGGUGGCCACCCAGUAACUCCACAGUAUGUCCCCAGAUGGUUCUUAAAGGGCCAGCAGCAGCACAACACAAAUCCAUUAUGCCCAAAUCAUGUCUUUAAAGGGCAAUACAUCCCAGCUUAUUACAUACUGUGUGAUAUUAGCUAUUAUUACAUGCAUCGUAAUAUCUUUUAUUACAUACUGUGUGAUAUUAGCUAUUAUUACAUACACUGCAAUAGCUUAUAUUGCAUACACCGUAAUAGCUUAUAUUGCAUACUGUGUGAUAUUAGCUACUUUUACACACACAUGUAAUAGCUUAUUACAUACUGUGUGAUAUUAGCUAUUAUUACAUGCAUCGUAAUAUCUUUUAUUACAUACUGUGUGAUAUUAGCUAUUAUUACAUACACCGUAAUAACUUAUAUUACAUACUGUGUGAUAUUCGCUAUUAUUAAAUGCACCGUAAUAGCUUAUAUUGCGUACUGUGUGCGAUUAGCUAUUAUUACAUGCACCAUAAUAUCUUACAUUACAUACUGUGUGAUAUUAACUAUUAUUACAUACACCAUAUUAUCUUAUAUUACAUACUGUGAUAUUAGCUGUUAUUAAUACAAACACCGUAAUAGCUUAUAUUGCAUACGGUGUGAUUUUAGUUAUUAUAUGCACGAUAAUAUAUCUUAUAUAACAUACUGUGUGAUAUUAGCUGUUAUUAAUACAUACACUGUAAUAUCUUAUAUUACAUACUGUGUGAUAUUAGCUAUUAUUACAUGCACCUUAAUAUCUUAUAUUACAUACUGUGUGAUUUUAGCUGUUAUUAAUACAUACAUCGUAAUAUCUUACAUUACAUACUGUGUAAUAUUAGCUGUUGUUGCAUGCACCGUAAUAUGUUAUAUUACAUACUGUGUGAUAGUAGCUAUUAUUACAUGCACCGUAAUAGCUUAUAUUACAUACUGUGUGAUAUUAACUAUUAUUACAUACACAGUAAUAGCUUUUAUUGCAUACUGUGUGAUAUUAGCUGUUAUUACCUGCACUGUAAUAUCUUAUAUUACAUACUGUGUGAUAUUAGCUGUUAUUAUUACAUACACCGUAAAAUCUUAUAUUACAUACUGUGUAAUACUAGCUGAUAUUACUACAUACAUUGUAAUAUCUUAUAUCAUAUUCUGUGUGAUAUAACUGAUAUUAUUACAUACACUGUAAUAUCUUAUACUGUAUUCUGUGUGGUUAGCUGAUAUUAUUACAUACAUUAAAUUAUCUUAUAUUACAUACUAUAUAUAUUAGAUUAUAUUAUUAGAUACUCCGAAUUGUCUUAUAUUACAUACUGUGGGAUAUUAGCUCAUAUUAUUACAUACAACUUAAUAUCUUAUAUUCCAUACUGUCUGAUAUUAGCUGAUUUUAUUACAUAUACUUAAUUAUCUUAUAUUACAUACUGCGUGAUAUUAGCCAAAUGAGCCAACAUAACCCCAAUUGAGACUCUCAUAAGUACAAGUUAAUGACCCCCACUAAUAACAGUAUAUACCUCAACUCACUGACACUCCCACUAUAAAUACCCAUAUAAUACCAGCAUGUACCUCGACUCACUGACACUCCCACUAUAAAUACCCAUAUAAUACCAGCAUGUACCUCGACUCACUGACACUCCCACUAUAAAUACCCAUAUAAUAGCAGCAUGUACCUCGACUCACUGACACUCCCACUAUAAAUACCCAUAUAAUAGCAGCAUGUACCUCGACUCACUGACACUCCCACUAUAAAUACCCAUAUAAUAGCAGCAUGUACCUCGACUCACUGACACUCCCACUAUAAAUACCCAUAUAAUAGCAGCAUGUACCUCGACUCACUGACACUCCCACUAUAAAUACCCAUAUAAUACCAGCAUGUACCUCGACUCACUGACACUCCCACUAUAAAUACCCAUAUAAUACCAGCAUGUACCUCGACUCACUGACACUCCCACUAUAAAUACCCAUAUAAUACCAGCAUGUACCUCGACUCAAAUUCCGCAGCGCUUUACAAUGGGUGGACGAACAGACAUGUAGUUGUAACCAGAAUAGUUGGACACACAGGAACUGAGGGGUUGAGGGCCCUCCUCAAUGAGCUAUCAUGCUAGAGGGAGUGGGAUAAAAUGACACAAAAAGGAAAGGAUAGUAUUAGACAAGUGACAGUUGCAGAAGAGGAAUCAGUCAGGAGCUAUUAACAGUUUAAUUGAUACGCUUUUAUGAAGAAGUGGGUUUUUAAUGAUUUUUUUGAAGGAGUGGAGACUGGGUGAGCAUCUAACGGAGGAGGAAAGCGAGUUCCACAGGAACGGUGCAGCCCUCGAGAAAUCUUGAAGGCGAGCAUCAGAGGUGGGAGUACGAACAGUCUUCAGCAGAUCGUAAGGGCCUAGACGGGACAUACUUAUGUAUAAGGGAGGAUAGAUAGGUGGGAGCAGCAUUAUGUAGAGAUUUGAUAGCAAGAACCAGAAUUUUAAAUUGAGCUCUAUAUCUUAUAGGAUCUUAAGGGUAAGGCGUGGGAGAAGUGGGCAGACAGGAAGAUGAGCCUCGCACCCGCAUUCAUUGGGAGCACGUAAGACCACUGAGAAGUGGAAUACAGUAGUCAAGGCGAGAAAGGACAGUGGAAUGGACCAGCACCUUAGUCGCAUCUGGCGUUAAGUUGGGGCGGAUGCGCGCAAUGUUUUUGAGAUGGAAAUAACAGGAUUUGGCGAUAGACUGAACAUGAGUCUUGAAGGAGAGGUCAGAGUCAAGGAGAAUACCUCCAGCCUGCGUGGUGGAUCUGAUGGUAGCACCGUUGACUUGGAGGGAGACAGACACAGGAGUAACAACACUUGAGGGAGGAAAGACCAGAAUUUCAGUUUUGGUCAAGUUUAGUUUAAGGAAGUGGGCAGCCACCCAUUUAGAAACAGCAGAGAGGCAGUCAGAGACACUAGACAAGAGGGACAGGGAGAGAUCAGGAGAGGACAGAUAGAUUUGCGUGUCAUCUGCAUGGAAAUGAUAUUGGAAGCCAAAGGAGCUAAUGAGUUUACCAAGGGAGGCAGUAUAGAUGGAGAACAGUAGGGGACCAAGGACUGAACCUUGGGGGACACCAACAGAGAGGAGUUGGGGAGAAUAAGCAGAGCCAGAGAAAGAAAUACUGAAAGAGCGCUGGGAGAGGUAGGUGGAGCACCAGGAGUUAUGUUUGGGCAUAAGUUGGCUUUGGGUUCAUUGUGGCAUGCACUGAUGUAAGUUGGUGUGAGGAUGCUUUUGGUGUAAUGAGGGUAUCAGCUAGCUGUAUCAUUUCAAUUAACCUAUUAGAUGUUUCUUGCAGAUGCUACCCAAGAAGAAACCCAUUAAGAAUUCUGGUUUAGAUAUUCCUGCUGGAGAAGAAGAUGAGAAAGAAGAUGUAGUGAGCAUGAGAGAGGCCAUUCUCGAACAGGAGCACCAACGCUUGACAGAAGAGCAUGGAAGACUGAGGAGUCAAAUGGAGAAGCUUCACAGGGAGAAUGAGUUUCUACAGGAAGAGGCUGAGCAGGUCCGGGUGGAAAGCCAGGAGUAUAUGUCUUAUAUGAAUAAGAAAAGUCAGCGUCGCCAGGACACUAUUGUCAGCCUGAGUGACCAGAACCAGAGGGAGCUGGAGAACUUGAGACAACAAAAGAAAAAUCUUCAGGCACAUUUCCAGGAAGAAGAAGCAAAGCUAAGGGAGCAAUUAUUCCACAGAGAAAAAAAAUUGGCAAAGCUGGCCAGCGAGAUUCAAGAGUUGAGCCCAAUGAAAGAGCUAAAGAGGGAACAGCUUUCACAUAUAAAGAAGAUGGAGGAGGAGGUGAUGGCCACUCGGGGGGAACACGCAGAGACUCUGCUCAGGGUGAAGAGUGCCUUUCUACGGGAAAAGAAACGGUGCCAGUUGGACUCAGAACACCAACUGGACCAUUUGUCCCAGACUGCCCAGGCGGAGGCCAAGAAGGCAUUGUUGAAAGUCAGUACAAAGAUAAAAGAAGAAAACCAGCUUCUACGGCAGGAACUUCACCAUCUCAUUCAUCGCACCCGCAUUCUACAGGCCCAGAAACAGAAAUUAAUGGAUCAAAACCAGCAGCUACGAAGGGAGGAACAGUGCCGUAUGGACUUACGAAACAUUAUGCUCCAAACGAAAAUGCAGUAAAUAUCUUCACAUGAGGACUAUUUUCUCAGACUUACGCAAAGGAGAUCACACAUCUUCACAGACAUUUUCUUACCACCACCCAAUCAGUUCUAUGGAUGCUUCUCUCACAACGAAUCCAAGAGAUGAUGAACAAUAUAAUGCUUGAUACAAUGUGAUAAAACGUAAAAUAAAGAGUCACAAUUACACAGUGUCACUGUCCAGG